AUGGUUAGUGGUGUCUCCCGUAAGAGACCAACGGCGUCCAACAGAAGACGUGCUAGGCAAACAGAACCUGAACCAGUGGAAGUGAAUGUCCCUGUGGAGGAGGAUGACCAUGUGGAUGCGAAUAAUGAUUAUGUUGACGACGAUAUUGGUGUGGAGGAUGACGAUGUCGAUAAUGAUAUUGGUGUAGAGGGUGACCUCAUGGAGGACGAUGUUGGUGUGGAUGAUGACAACACAGAACCAGUUCCGGGUGCUCCAGAGGAUCCUUCAUUGCUAAUUAGCUUCCGUAACCAUGUUGCUGCCGCUGUUUGGAAGAAAAAGGAACGGAGACCUCUUAAAUGUUUGAAUCGUUCUCGAAAGCUUGUCGAGUGGCCAUGGAUGUCACCAACAGUCCAAAAUAUUAGAUGGAGACAUUUGGUUGAGCAGUCUGGUCUUAGUGUCCUUAUUGAUCACACAUAUCGGCAUGGCAAUAGAGUGGCAAUAUCUGCCUUUGUUGAAAGGUGGCAUCCAGAGACAAAUACAUUUCACAUGCCAGAUGGUGAGAUGACUGUCACAUUGGAUGAUGUGCGGACCAUACUUGGCAUUCCAAUCACUAGCAUGGCUUUGUCAUGUCCUAAGUUAACAAGAUACGAGGCUGCUGAACUUGUGAAUGCUAUUUUGGGAGUGCCAGUGAAUGAUGCAUUUGCAGAAUUAGUUCAAUCUCGUUGUACCCUCUUCGCUGACAAGAGUGGGACUCGAGUACCCGUUGUUUACUUGUAUAUGUUGACUGACUUUGAUGUUGUUGGCUCAUAUGCAUGGGGUGCUGUAGCUUUGGCAUUCCUAUAUAGACAAUUAGGACUUGCUAGUAGGGCUGGUGUUAAGCAGAUUGCUAGUUACUUGAAGCUAUUGGAAGCAUGGAUUUAUGAGCAUUUUCGUUUAGGAAGGCCUCAUCCAAAUUUGUCCUAUUCUGAUGAACAACCUUGUGUAUGUCGUUGGAGUCCGCAAAGAGAUGGAGGUUUUACAGAAGACCACUUGCUGACAUUACGAGAGCAAUUUGACAUGUUACGUGCUAAUGAGAUCGAGUGGGAUCCAGAUCGUUUAUGUAGGACACACCAUCCACUUCAUGAGGUUGCAUAUUAUACUGGAUGUUUGAAAUGCUUUGAUAUUGUUGAACCCUAUCACCCCAAUAGGGUUUUGCGACAGUUUGGUAGGGUCCAAACAAUCCCACCAGAACCAUUAUCUCCUAUUCGAGCUACACGGGGUAGUAAACCAGGACAAUAUAGAAUCAUGUAUCAAUACCAUGACACAAUAUGGGCGCAAUGGGAGAAUCAUGUGUUGUCCAUUAAUGCUUGUAGUGUGCCUGUACAGCAGCGGCCAUCUGAAUGUGUACGGGGAUACCGUGAGUGGUAUGCUCGUGUUUCGCAUCGAGUUGUUUAA